CACUAUAAGAGCAGACCAACGCCGGUGAGACGUUAUAUGAGUCUUAUCGCAUCCUUAGUGAGCUCCCUUGUGUCUACCGACUUUUAAUUAUUGUUCUACCUGUUCAGCUGAUUAUACCUAUUUAUUUGAAAGCAAUCAUUAAUAUUUUUUUGUUUCGUUAAUAUGGAUGUUCGCACAUUGUAGGAUUUUAAGAAGAUUUGAAUUAUUUAUAUUUUGCCUUCUUCUGGAAAAUUCUUCAAAGACGAGGGACCCACACGCUGUUCUAUCACAAGGACAAAGAAGCGCACUGAGGUGAAAACGACGCAGGAGGAUACAGACAUACACCUUUUGAGCUGAGCCAAGCAAUUUGCCUAUUUAUUUAUUUAUUGAGCUAUUUAUUCUAAACAAAGACACUUGCCGUACUUGAAUUACAAGAUGAAGAAUGCGCCAAAAACAGAGAUGAGCUUGUUUAAUGCCUCAUCUGAUAAAGACAGUGGCUGCAGUGCCGGUGGCAAUGACUGUGGAUAUACUGAGUGCACCAAGAAAGGACCAAUAAACAGUCAAUAUCAUGACAUGGACCCAGAAAGUCAAAAUUUCCUCACAGAUUACCAUCUGAAAAAGAAGAAGUAUGAAACUGAAUAUCAUCCUGGCACCACCUCAUUUGGCAUGUCAGUAUUCAACCUUAGCAAUGCCAUCAUGGGAAGUGGCAUCCUUGGACUUUCAUUUGCAAUGGCAAAUACUGGAAUUGCACUUUUUGUAAUCCUCCUGGUUGCUGUUUGUAUAUUUUCAUUGUAUUCUAUUCAUCUCCUACUGAAAACAGCCAAUGAAGGAGGUGCAUUAGUUUAUGAGCAGCUGGGAUACAGAGCCUUUGGGCUGCCAGGGAAACUGGCAGCCUCCUGCUCAAUUACAAUGCAGAAUAUUGGCGCAAUGUCAAGUUACCUCUACAUUGUGAAGUAUGAACUGCCAAUUGUAUUUCAAGCAUUCUUGCACAUAAAGGAGAGCUCAGGGGAAUGGUACCUCAAUGGAGAUUAUCUUGUCCUCUUGGUGAGCGUUAUCAUCAUCCUUCCACUAUCGCUGUUAAAAAACCUUGGUUAUCUCGGUUAUACAAGUGGCUUCUCUUUGCUUUGCAUGGUCUUCUUUUUGAUUGUGGUUAUUUACAAGAAAUUUCUCAUCCCUUGCCCUUUGCUAUUGGAGGAUGAUGCUCUCAACCAAACAUUACUUAAUGCAACCUCACAUGUCAUAAAUUCUGUAGUACAGAAUGCUAGCUCUGCUGAUGAUAUGUGCACACCUAAAUAUUUUGUCUUUAACUCUCAGACUGUUUAUGCAGUUCCUAUUCUGACAUUUGCAUUUGUGUGCCACCCUGCUGUACUACCUAUUUAUGAGGAACUCAAAGGCCGAUCCCGCAAGAGAAUGCAGAAUGUGUCCAAUGUUUCCUUUUUUGCCAUGUUUGUAAUGUAUCUUCUAGCUGCUCUCUUUGGAUACCUGACCUUCUAUGGCAAUGUGGAAUCAGAACUGCUCCAUACCUAUGCAAAUGUGUACAAGUUUGAUGCCAUCUUGCUUAUUGUGCGGCUUGCAGUUUUGACAGCAGUCACCCUGACCGUUCCAGUCGUUCUUUUUCCUAUCCGUACUUCACUGAAUCAGUUUUUAUGCCCCUCCAAAGAAUUCAGCUGGCUUCGUCACAUAGCGAUUACUAUUUUCCUUCUUGCUUUCACCAAUGUUCUGGUCAUUUAUGUCCCUAAUAUCAAGGACAUCUUUGGAUUUAUUGGGGCUUCUGCUGCUGCUAUGCUGAUCUUUAUCCUUCCUUCUGCAUUUUACAUUAAGCUAGUGCAAAAGGAGUCAAUGAAAUCUGUACAGAAGAUUGGGGCUACAAUCUUCCUUAUCUGUGGAUUCUUUGUCAUGAUUGGGUGCAUGACGUUGAUUACCCUGGACUGGAUCCAUAAUGCUAAAUCUAAUGGCAACUAAACCACUCCGUGGGAUACUAUCCUUUUAGUCUAUGGAGUUCAGCCUCAUCGGCACUCUAGCUUGUCUCACAUUAUCAAGUGCAUAAAAACUCUUAGAAGACGAAUGGAUGUUUGGUGGGAAAUAUACUGGAUUUGCUGAAAAGCAUCAUAGCACAAACGUUUUGCUCAACCACAGACUGUGAGCAGUGAUUUAUACCAUUCCAAGAGAAUGUAAUUAACUUUGUACAGUAUGGUAUUAGGCCACAUAGAUGGCAAAGAUUGCCCUGUUAGUGAUAUUUUUAUAAUUGAAACUUUCUUAUCUUAGUUAUCAUGCAUAUAAUAUUGAGCGUGCCUAAAACAGGGACAUGUGUAAUUUAGUAAUACAUGAGAAAAAAUGAUGCAGGUACAGAAAUGAUAUUUGGAGCGUAGGUUGUUUCUGAUUUUUUUUUUCAUUUUUGACAAGGAUCUGUGAAUCUUAUUUAAGAACUGACUUAAGUUUGCCAUGAAUGAGACUGAUUAGGAAACAUCAGAUUAUUUCAGUAGGUAUUAAAAAUGGUCCGUUCACUUCUACUUUAGUUUACCAAAAAGUUGUACAUGUAAUCUAAUAGGUAGUUACUGUAUCAACAUUUUUGAGAAUGUAUAAAUUAUAUAUGAUAGAGUUUAUAUUAGAUCAUGAUCUACUGUAUUUAUCAGAACACUGUAUAAUCAGUUUUAACAGUAUUUGUCUCAAGAAAAAUGGACACAGUAAUACUCCUAAUUAGCUUUAUAGAGGAUAGAUUUUAUGGUUUAAUGAGAUACAAACCAAGAACUACCUUGUGUACUAUUUACCCUAAAGCCAAAAACACUUGUACAUUUGUGGGAGAAUUGCAGUGGAGAUAUUUUACCUGUCCACUGUACACAGGAUGAAGUUAGAAGAUUUUGACAGUUUGUCUCAUGGUCUACACUACAUAUUUUUGAAGCAGAGCUUUAAUAUUAAUACAACACGCCACAUGGGAAAGGUAUAAUCAUUGUGUAAAGGGACGGCACAACAGUGAGCAACAAAGUGCCAUCCUCAGUACCCUUUUGUUCAACCACAAGAGUGGAAACAUUUUGAAUAACCUUUCCUUUAAAAUCACACUUUACACCCUACAACUUUAAUAUGGAACAUUUUCUGUAUGGUGGCUGCUAGACAUGAGUAAAGAUCUGUAAAAUCUGAGCCAAGCUCUAGACUGUAUCUUGUACUACUGUAAUACCUCCCUCUUUCUUCAUUUGACUUUUUCGUGAUGUUUCUUGUGCAGUGGCAGCUUAAUUUUAAAUGAAGUCCUUCCUGGGCUUUAAUAAUGUAGACAGCUUCUUCAGCGAAGCAUUGUGCGUACAAGUGUUGACAACAAUUCCUACCGGACACUUUCAUCAUCAUGACCAGGAUUGCUUUUUUUUUUCACAACGUGUUAAAUGUGCUUCCAAUUGCAGACUUCACCAUCAUCUGUGGUUUACCUGUUCCUCUAUUUAUGGAGCACUAUUUAAUCUAUUUUGCUAUAUUUAUAUAAAUGUAUAUAUGUAUAUAUUUGUACAUACACAUUUUGUUUUUAUGUUACAAUUUUUUUUUUUGGUAAUUUGUUAAAUAUCGUAACCCUCUGUUGUCCUAAAAUGAAAACUGUUUUAACCACCAAUCAGUUACAAUGGACCAGUUCUUGUCAAUUUUGUUGGUAGUCAGAGCCCAGCAAACCACUAACAGUAGUUACCAGUAUGCAAUGCAUCAAGUUAAUAUUGAAAGUAAAAUAGCAAAGGGUCUAUGUUAUUUGCGGGCAGUAAUUGGCAUUACCCAUUGCUUUUUAGUUCUGUCGUAGUGCCAGGUACGAUAACAUGACAGUGUUUUCAGUUUAACCCAGUUUAUCUAUGAGAUCCCAUCCGUCAGAAGCUGACUGCUGUUACUUGAACUUUCAACAACAGUUGUUGAUGUUAACUGUUGUUAGUCUGGAAUUGUGUUUUAUGUUUUUUUAUUUAUCUACAGUGGAUUUAAAUGCAAUAUAAACUAAUAGCUGAACAUCUGUUGUGUGUGAAAUCUGGAGUUAACUAUCUGACAGUGCUUGUAUGUAAACUUGAAUUACUGUACGCGUUGGUCCUGCAAACAUACUUUCAGUAUUCUAGCACUGAUGAAGAGCACACUAGCUGAAAAGUGUGUCACUUACGACGAGGGCUCAUUAUCACCAGUGCUACACUCUUGUUUCAGUGAAACAUUAUGUAUAUCCUGUAAUUAUUAAUUAUGAAUAAAUAAAAGUUAUAGAUUA